AUGCACCCGGAUUCGGAUUUAGACUUUGUCAAGCAUUAUGAUACAUUUCUAAAUCUCUCGCUCGCAGCGAUUAAAUGCUACGAUUUCUCACACCAAGAGGAACUCUUAGGGUACUAUUCCAAACUACUCAACUACACACUCACAGGCGGUAAACUAUAUAGAGGCAAAUUACUGAUAAGCAUUGCCAAAGCAUUGAUUGGUACUGCUAGUCCUGAGAAAUGGAAUGAGAUACUGACCUUAGGCUGGUGCGUAGAAUUAUUGCAGUCUGCAUUCAUAGUUGCAGAUGAUAUAAUGGACAAUGGCAUCACCAGACGAGGUAAAGCGUGCUGGCACACGUUACCUGGCGUUGGCGUUGGGAAUGGUGUAAAUGAUAUUUUGUUUUUGAAUACGUUAAUCUACAGAAUACUUAGUAACACUAUUAAGGAUCGUGAAUUGUUGCUGAAUGUCAUGGAAUUCUUUCAACGAGCCACAAUGGCAACAAUUGUGGGCCAAUCACUGGACACAAAUCACACAAUACAGCAGCUCAUUUUACACAAAGGUACAUCGGCUUACGACCUUUUUACCUCCAUUUCAAAGAAUAAAACCGGGCACUACUCCUUUCUGCUGCCCAUACAAAUAGGGAUGAUUUGCGCCGAAAUUGAUCUAAACAACUUAAAUUUGGCGAAGGUCACAAAAGUAGCUAUGCACUUUGGCGAACUAUUUCAGGCACAGGACGACUUUCUGGAUUGCUUUGGAACUGCAAAGGUUAUUGGAAAAUGCAGCACUGAUAUUCAGGAGAAGAAGAUUACUUGGCUACUGGCAAAAGCUAUGCAACUAGGAAGUGACACCCAAAAGAAGCUAGUGAUGGAUAAUAUUGGCAAAAACGAUAAGGAAUCCGUGGAGAUCGUCAAAAAUGUGUACAAUGAGUUAAAUUUGCAAGGGGAAUUUGAAAAAUACGAACAGGAAAAAUACCAGCAAAUCCUCCACGAUAUUAAAGCCAUUGACCUUAAUGAAAUAAGAAAAAUUCUAGAAAAUAAAUUAAGUAGCAUGUAUAAAAGGUCAAAAUAA